CCACUUUCUCAUUCAAUGGCUUCUAUAAAAGAAAGGAGCAAGUCCUUGGUUGCCAUUGAAGAAGCUCACAAGAUCAUGGGGAGCUUUAGCAGAAAUGAAAUCUCCAUCAUGUUUCUCGUGUUCGUGUCUGGUUUGUUGCAGAUCCAUGGCACCGAUAAGCUUACUUGUUACAGGAGCGAAAGCCCGUGUCGUUUCAAACAAAUGCCUUGUCCAGCAGAGUGUCCAUUAAAAUCGCCAUCGAACAACACCGACAAAGUUUGUUACGUUAACUGUGAAUCGCCUGUAUGCAAAGCGGAGUGCAAAAGUUCGAAACCAAACUGUAACGGUCCUGGCUCGGCGUGCUUGGACCCCAGAUUCAUUGGUGCUGAUGGUAUUGUGUUCUACUUCCAUGGAAAAAGCAACGAACACUUCAGUUUGGUAUCGGAUCGUGAUCUGCAAAUCAAUGCACGGUUUAUCGGAUUAAGGCCAGCAGGCAGAUCCCGAGACUUCACGUGGAUUCAAGCUCUUGGUAUCCUCUUCAACUCUCACUCGUUCUCACUUGAGGCCGAACGAGCAGCAACUUGGGACGACAAAGUCGAUCACUUGAAAUUCACUUACGAUGGAGAAGAAGUAGUCAUCCCAGCGGGUCGUCUCUCCGAAUGGAAGUCCUCACAAAGCGAUCUUAUAGUUCAAAGAACAUCAACCAGCAACAGUGUCUUGGUUACUCUCCCUGAGAUUGCAGAGAUAUCAGUUAACGUUGUACCCAUUACUAAAGAGGACGACAGAAUUCAUAAAUAUCAGAUACCAAAAGACGACUGUUUCGCUCACUUAGAAGUUCAGUUCAGAUUCCACGGCCUAUCCUCGAAGGUUGAAGGAGUACUUGGAAGGACUUACCAGCCUGACUUCAAGAACCCAGCUAAGCCCGGAGUCGCAAUGCCUGUCGUAGGAGGUGACAAGGAGUACAAGACCUCGUCGCUUCUCUCAGCUGAUUGCAAUGCCUGUUCAUUUUCCCCUAACGAACCGUCUAACAAAGAGGACCUGAAGAUAAAGCAAUACAGCUUCAUAGACUGCUCUGGAGGAAGCACGAGCGGAAAUGGCAUAGUUUGCAGAAAAUAAGUCAUCAUAACCCGAACCAAGCCGUACUCGACAUUGAAUAACAAAGCUUUUGCUUCAUAUUGGCUAGUUAUCUUCUGCCGUGUGAAUGUGUCUCUACUUUUGGGUGACUCCUGUAGUAUCUUUCUCUUCAUCUUUGUCAAGAAAGUGUUCUGUACAAGUUUCUAAUUCAAAUUGUUCCCAUUUCAGUUCCAAAGAAAUAAAACCGGAAGUAUUCUCUUGAACUUGAUUA